AGGGUGAUUAUAAUGACGUUCCGUGCGGCCUUAAGUUAAUUUAGUUAUUUGUUGCGCGAUGUUAGUCUCAAAUUGCACUCGUCGUAUUUAUCCAACUCGGCGAGCCUCGUUGGAUAAAUGUACAACUCGUGCUGAAAAAAUCAUCAAUUUGCAACUUUGCCUAAAUAACUAUUGUUGUACCAACGAUUUCUCCAUACUUCAAUAGGUAACGAUAAUGUAAAAAACUGGAUACCCCAAAUAUAAUUGCAACAAUUGGAGUCUCAACUGUAUUGGGCUUAGUUCCUUAUCAAGGGUUGGAGAGGGUGGCACGACACCUGAACCGACCGACCACAACACUCAUCACGUGACGGGUGGUCUCUCGCACUAAAUAAUAGUGUUGAAAUGGUUACAUUUGUGGUGUCCAGUUUGUUACCAGCGUUUGACCUGUGCGGCGGAGACAACUCCAAAUGUUGCCCAGUAAGAGCAAGAACAAAAAAUCAAUUGUCGACUUCGUUUCGCAUUGGAAAACUUUGCCAUAAUGAGGUUUCUGGAAACAGUUGUAAUUUUGAUAUGUUGGUUUCUCACCGAUUUAGAGAUCGCGACAGCCGAACGACCCAGUUUUCGGAUACUGGCCCCAAAGUUCAUCUGUGGACAGAUGAAAGCAUCGAAUAGCAGCGACACCGGAAGUGCAUCAGCGCCUCAGCAGAUCACCAUAGGUCUGCAAACAAAGGGAGGUCAAAGGUUGCACUAUGACGUGACGGUGCACUUCGAGCUGUUAAACGGUAUCGUGAGUCAAAGGCACACGUUACUGCUCUGGAAAAGUGUCCGUCAGCUGGAGAAACGGUUCAAGGCGGAACGCGAGCUCAUCUCGGAAGGUAAUCAGAUCACGAUUCCCAACGAGGAUUUGGUACCCGGAGUCAUUUACACCUUCAACGUGGUUGCCAGUGAUCUAGAGGGAGCUAGAAGUCAGGACCAGAACUUUACGGUGACCUAUCGGGGAAAGCAUGCUCGGGCUGCCCUGGUUCAGGAAGGAUCUUCCUCCAUUGGGGAUGUGUCCUUGCUGCUGUUGGGAUCGGAAGUUACUUAUCCGGAUGUACCGUUCACCGUGACGGCGAAGGUGGUUUUCUGUCGACCAAGGAACGACUACAAGUUCAAAUGGACAGUACAAGGACUGGACGAAGCCCUAGCAGCAUUGAACACCAGCUCGGAUGUCCUAGAAAUACCCGCCGGAAAUCUAUCGCCGGGCAAGAAUUACAUCAUAAAUGUAACGGUUGUUGAAUCUACCACCGGAAAGAACAUUGUUGCGGCUAACAUGAAGCUCAACGUCCUAAAUCGCGGCUUGAGAGGGAAGAUCUUCCCAAUUGACGCAACAACUGGAUUUGCCCAAACGACCGAAAUACGCACCGUGUUCAACGACAGGAAAAUAUCCAAUGUGAACUGGAGCUGCAAAGAUUCCUCGGGAGAUGGGAGCUGUUCGGAAGAUUUACUCGUCUCUAAGAACAGUGCGACAAUUUCGUUUAUCAAAGAAUCGAAAUAUACGAUAUCCGUUGCAGUUGAAGGCCUCCAACUUGAUUCUCACAUAAAAGUUAAUUCCAAGUCAACUGUUUCGGUGGUCCUGCAGUCGCUACCACCAAUGUACCUGUUUCUCGGUCAACGUUACGAGAUACCGGUUGAUGUGAGUGGGCUUUUCCCAAAGUGCACCAGUAAUUGGACCGUCGUAAAACAAGAAGGUUUCGCGUACUUUGACUCCACUUCAAUGGGUGGCAUUGGAGGUGUUCGUAUCAAUGACAUUGAGGAAAAUUUCCUCUCCGAGCUGGUAGACUACGGGAACGAUACAGUAACUCGUGAAGUCACGCUCAUCAUUCCGGAUGCUGCUCAAAAGUGGGACGGACUUGUACCUGAUGCGUCAUACAAGUUUAGAUUAAUCACGCAGUGUCCGGAACCGAUCGACGACAGCGUAGAUUCUAAAGUUCCACGUGGCACAGUUACCAGCCAUUGGGACAUGAUCUUGGAAACGAACGCUCCACCGAAAGGACUUCCUCUCGAAGUCAUCCCAAACGAAAACGGGACAGCUCUCAACACAUUUUACACCUUCUCUACGGGAAUGGCACUGGAACGGGAAACAGAUUUCCCGCUGCGAUACUCGUAUUGGUACUCCGUCGAAGGAAACUCGAUCAACUUUGCUAGCUAUUACGAAGUGAUGUCUGCGGAGACUCAACUACCGUACUCGAAAGGUGGCGUUACUACAUUCUACGAAGUGUGUGACUCGCGAUCUGCCUGUUCCCGCAUCGAUGGACCGAAGGUUUCCUUGCUACCCAAUACGAACUUGAACCAAGAAGAUCUAGAGCACCGUAUUGACAGCGUCAAGAACAGUUUUCUUCGGGGUAACAUUAUCGAGGCAACCAAAUUAGCGUUCGAUGCUGUUGUCACCCUGAAGAACCAAGACUCCAAAGAUUAUAGCGACUUCUACACCAAGAUCAUGUCGGUCAUAGAAGUCCAAACGGCCAUAGUUGAGGAGAACUUUGCCGAUCGGUCGCGAUUCAUGUCGGCGUCCGAUAUUCUUCAAUUUGCGAAACAGGUGAAGGUCCUUGUCGACUUCGGGCAUACCGGUUCUUACCUGCUGAGUCUGCUGCUGGAGUUGAUUGAUGCCGUCGAGUAUGGCCCAACUCGUGAAACCCGUCAAGUUAAUCCAGCUCCUGCUACAAACACGGCAGGCGUGAAACUUGAUCUCUACGAGAGCCAGAUAAUGUCCAAAAACGAUUCGGAAUCAAAGCAACAGCUGCUCGGGUACAUCCCGAUUGCGACAGAGCAGUUCUGCACCAAUAAACAGGGUGGAUACUCCGGAAAAUUGGUGACGCUGGACGUGAUGAGGUGGAGCGCAUCGUCCAAAAAUCCUCUUCAAGACGGUGUCCGGAUUCCGGAUAAUGUGACUAGUCCGAUGGCCGCGACUGUGAAGACAUCCGAAGUUCCAACGGUACCCGUCUCAGCGACUGGUGUAGCGUAUUACUGUCUAGCCAAGAUAUGGUUCCGAUCGGAUGUGCUCACUUCGGAACCCAUGGUCGGAAUGUACCGUGCUCUGCUGUUGGUGGUUGAUAAGACUGGAGCGUGGAAACAAGUCGAAUGGAAAGAUGGAAGGUAUCUGUGGAACGUUUCUUUGGCUGCCGGGAACAGUUCCGGAAGUUAUAAGUGUGAAGUGAUGACGACAGAUUUGAAGUGGGAUGCUGUCCUGUGCGAGAGUUCGUCCAUAGAUAGUUUUCUGAAAUGCAACUGUAGUGAGAUGAACUACAUCAGGGUGAUAACGAAAAAACCAAACGAAACCACUACGGCUACAACUUUACCAACAACUGCAAUCGUCACACCAGUAGAUACAACAACUUCGGUGACAACAACAGUAAAUCUUGCGGAAAGUACAACCGACACUGACAUACUAACGUUCGCUCCAUUGUCCACUAAUUCUCCACCCACAAGUAUUUCAAUAGGUGUUUCAACAACACCACCAACCACCACUCUCCCUAACCUAACCUCAACUGCAGCAACUAUUGCAUCCGCUGUAACUACCCAAUCUCCCACAACAGUUACGCCGUCAAUCAAUACAACAGCAAUCACCACCACCACAUCCAACACACCGCCAACCACCUCCAACCCAAACACAACCCUCCAGCAAGCCGACCAACUGCAGGCCAACAUAACCCUAGGUCACCUGGGCGGAGGCGGUGGAGGAGCCGGUCCCCUCGAGUACUCCAUCAUCGGUGCACUGGUGCUCUGUGCAGCAUUGACCGUUGCCGCCCUAGUGCUCUACCGCCGGCGACGACAUACCACCUCGCUGACCGAAGAACUGCAAGGCAUUGUCGCCCGGGUAAGGUCCCAUUCGCUCCCGGUGCGCUACGCCCGGUUUCAGGACGAACACAACAUGAACGGGGACAACGUGUCCACCAUUUCCGACACGGUUACUAUUUGAGCGGAUGUCAUGAAAAUCGCACCUCAAUUAAAUUUCGGGAAAGCUUACCAUAGUUGUGAGAAAUGUUUUAGUGUAAUACAAUAGGAAUGAACUGUAAUUUGUUGUAUUUAAAUGUUUUAUUGUUUCAACGUGAUGCUGCGUAUAUGCGUUUAUAUGUAAUGUAAUACAGUUAAGUAAAAUUAUACCUUAAUUUUAAUCUGGAA